CUUCCCAUGUCAAAGUUGACGUGCUUUACUGUCAUGUCUUUGUUGCUUCAAUGCUAGCAAGUCCAGCGCGAAAGUGAUUGAGCACAGUUGUUUUUAAGAAAGAAAUAACAAAUUCAACUAUUUCUGUAAUAGUAAAUCCAAGAUGGAAGAAAAGCUGUAUGGAUCAGUGCCUGUCCCCUCGGAAUAUCUUCAACAGUGGAUUCAGUCAGCUCAACAGCUUCAGGCUCUGCAGGGCCAGUAUCCGGGCAUCAACCAUCACCACAGUCCUCACCCUCACUACACAGAGGAACCAAGAGAGGAGAGAGUAAUGGCACAUGCACAUAUGGCUGUCAAUGAUGAGCUCAUGGCUCAGCAAGAACCUGCCAAUUUAGCGAAAGCUCCAGCGAAAAAGCGAGGGAGAACAGCACAACCAAAGGAACCCAAGCCACCCAAAAUGCCCAAGCCCCCCAAGGCCAAACCGGGCCCCAAGCCCAAGAAAGGCAAGGAGGGUCAAGAGGCUGACGGCACGCAGGAGAAGAUGGACGAGACCGUCCAGAAGGUCAGGAAGAAACGAGACCGAUUCAAGGGCAUGACGGAAGAUGAGGUCAUGAGCAGAACUCUGACUGACAUUCUUGACUACAACUUGGACUAUGUCAUUAUUGGAAUCAACCCAGGUCUGGUGGCAGCCUAUGUUGGACGAUGGUUCCCUGGCCCUGGAAAUCAUUUCUGGAAGUGCCUGUUCUUGUCUGGAUUCACUGAUGAGCAGCUCAACCACAUGAGUGACACCAGCCUGCCAGCGAAAUAUAAGAUCGGUUUCACAAACAUGGUGGCAAGGACAACGCCUGGAAGCAAAGACCUUUCAACCAAAGAGCUACGUGAGGGUGCCUUAAUUCUCGUGGAAAAGCUGAAGAAGUACAAGCCUCUCAUAGCUGUUUUCAAUGGAAAAUGUAUCUAUGAAAUGUUCUGCAGAGAGAUGUUUGGAAAAAAGCCCAAGAAACUUGACUUUGGUCUGCAGCCACACAAGAUACCUGACUGUGAAGUGGCGUUGUAUUUGAUGCCGUCGUCCAGUGCCCGCUGUGCCCAGUUCCCCCGUGCCCAGGACAAAGUGCACUUCUACAUCAAGCUGAGGGAAUUAAGGGACCAGCUCAGGGGUGUGGCCAGAACAGACGACAUUCAGGAGUUGGAGUACACCUUUGACCUGGGACUGGCCAAGGAGGACGCCAAGAGGAUGGCGAUUAAAGAGGAGGCGUACGACCCGGGCUACGAGGCGGCCUUUGGCGGCGCAUAUGGCGAGGGUGGGCCGGGGCCUGAAGAGGGCCAGAGCAAUGGCAACGGGCACUGUAACUUCUCGUCGGCGGAAAACACAGUUUCAGACGCUGUCGAGAAGGCAGACACUUCUCAACUUCCUGCCGCCACCGCCACUGCCACAGAGGGACAACUCCCGGACGGACAGUGGAUGAUGCAGUCUUUUGCUGAUCAGAUUCCAGACAUUGGGGGCUCUAAAGAGCCCCAGGCAUGGGCGGGCAAUGUAUAAGGAAGGGGAUAGGGCUACUAACUAGCCCUAUCUGGACGUACAGAGACCUCAACCCACACAUCCUUAAUCCCCUCCUUCAACAAGACACUGCACCUCAGUUUGAAGACUCAAAUUGUAGCCUUUUCAUUUUUUUUGUCAAGUUGUAUUAGCCAUUUUAUGGAUUUACACAUUUAACUACUUGAUAGAUGGAAUUUUCUAAAUUGAAAAUUGAGGAUUUUUUAAAUUCAAAUAUUUCAUCCUG